CACACACAACAACCAAUCAACACCAUGGCGCACUGACAUAUCACACAUUCGAAACAUACAAACAGACAACACACUAAAGCACAUUGCACGUGUGCGCGGCCGAUACGCAGCAAGUGCACCAACAACUUGGCAUACCAACCACAUCGCCGCAAUUCACUCUCGCACGCCUGUAACCCUGUAACACCAAGUGUUACAGCUGACUCCGGUGCGACAACAUCAGCAUACAAACGACCAGACAAACCAAGUACACACACAACAGACCGUACCACGCCAACACACAGCGAAACAAUACACGCGUCAAGAAAACCAAUACACAACACACUCAAACGUCGAGAACCACAACACACACUGUCGCAUGCUGGUUCACGCAUCGCAGGCUACAAGCACAGCAAAUGCAGAUUGUACACGCGAGUCUUUGUGGCCCGAAUACAAGGAACAACCGAAGGUACGCCCACGGCCAAUCCAAUACGACGGGCGCGCAUACGCAAACAACCAACAACAACACCAGCAUCUGUCAGACGAUCAAAUCAACAACACAACACAACACAUUGUACUCUCCAGACAGGCUGAAAUCAACAACCGUCAGCAACAAAAUCUCGCGAUACCCAACCCAUCACACGCAUUCUCAACACUCCGAACUGAUAUUCGACAACAACCCACCACCAGCAACAAGCACGGCGAUCAAUCCCUGCUCCCAUGCUACCCGAUGAUCACCGAGUGAGUGCCAUAAGGAUCCGACACCAGACAGCA